GCCGAGGAGGGCGGGGACCGUGGGGGUAUCCCCGCCUCUCAGGGCUCACAAUGAGCUCCCUAGAAGGAAAGGCUGCAAGGCUAGACCAGACGGAUCACACCUCCAUGACCGAAGUCCGCUCAUAGCUUCUUAAUGGACCAGCGGACGACACAUUGAUCAUCCAGUUAUAAUAUUGACCAUCACGUUAUAUGUGGACUGCUAACCACGGGGAUUCCUUGGAAAUCUCUCCUUGUGUCGGACGCGGUGUCGGGGGGGUGGGGUUUGAGGCGGACCGACACCACCUUAUCCGGAUGAAAGUGGCAUGGAGAUGCUCCGUCGCUCCUCAGUGUUCGCGGCCGAAGUGAUGGACGUGUUUGACCGCUCGCCCACCGAUAAGGAGCUGGUGUCCCAGGCGAAGGCGCUGUGUAGGGACUACAUCCACUCCAGACUCAACCGGGCCGGUAUCGGCUGGACCAAGCCGGACCACGGGCUGUCUGCGUCGGGCGGCAGCGCGCUGGGGGACACCUCGUCGGUCAUCCUGUGGCUAGGUGAUGAGCUGGAAUACCUGCGCCCGAACAUCUACCGUAACGUGGCGAAGCAGCUGAACAUCACCGUGGCGUCCGAGAGCAUCGUGUCCGACGCCUUCCUAGCCGUCGCCGCCGAGAUCUUCUCCACAGGUGUGACGUGGGGGAAGGUGGUCUCCCUGUACGCGGUGGCGGGGGCUCUGGCGGUGGACUGCGUUCGUCAUGGCCACCCCGCCAUGGUCCACACCAUCGUGGACUGCAUGGGGGAGUUCGUCCGUAAGAGCCUGAUCCCCUGGCUGAAGAGGCGCGGGGGAUGGGUGGACGUCACCAAGUGUGUGAUCAACACCGACCCCAGCUUCAGAGCCCAUUGGCUGGUGUCGGCCGCCAGCACCUGUGGCCAGUACCUGAAGGCGGUGGUGUUCUACCUGCUGAGGGAGAAGUGAGCCCAGCUCCAGGGCACUUCGGUGGGAGGACUGGGUUUGGUCGGUCGGCCAGCUGCCAGCCUCCUGGGAACGGGAGCAUGUGUUUGGAUACGUUUACACCAGAGAACCUGCUUGUUUACAUGGACGCACCGCGACGUGUUCAAACGCUCACACACCUGGAUCUGCCUUCUCUCCACGACUCUUUUGGACAGCAUUUGUGUUGACUAAGACGUUUGGGAACCGCAUGAAAUAAUCGGUUUGUUCAGAAGAUGUUUGUUUGUUGUUUUCGUUUUUUAACGGAUCCCGUAACCAUCUCUAAGGUUGUUUUGAUUUGUAUUAAUUUAUACCAUUAACGGAUAUAAUGAAUACAUAUUUCUACAAUAAGAAUCUGGCAUUGCUGAAAAAACACAAAGCAAGUGUUGUUUUGUGCGAUUCUAAAAUUAGACGCCACACAUGCUUUGCAUAGCGACCGAGGCGCCCCCUGGCGGCAGAAAUGUGCGGACAAUGUUCCUGGAAAUGUCGUCCAAACAGCGGCUCAAUUCCCAUGAAAGCACUCACGUCAAGCCAAGAGCAUUUGAUCAACGGAUCUCUAAUGAGUCUAAUUUAGAAGUGAAAACACGAGCCACGUUAAUGCCACUAGGCACACGUUUUUUUACACUCUUUAGUACAAUUGUGUGUAUUACAUAGGCUACACAUGUGUUUUCACAUCUUCACGGAGUGAGAGAGAGGUUAGUUCAGACUCCCGUUAGUUCAGUCUAAUAAACGCUUGCCACAGAAAUAAAGCACUUUAAUAUUUACGUUUGUAUAACGAGUAGAAUGUACCCUGUGAAUAAAACCACGAUGGUCUGGCAUGAAGCACUCGAUGUAAUAGGAAAUAAAUUGUUUUUAAUGCAAUAAACUGCUGUGGACUGUG